UACAGUAUCAUAAUUCAUGGAGAGUUACAUAGAUUCCUUUCUUAAGCAUGUGAUUAGCACACUCACCAUAAACCAAUUGUUUAUCUUCCAUAACACCAUCCCAUCAUUUCGUCCGAAGACCAUAAACCUCGUCAAAUCAACUUCACCUACCACACAAAGCAAACACUUCCCUCAUCCGUUGACUUUCUUUCUUUGUUCUGAUCCCAUCUGAUCUGAUUCACUUGAGAUUCAACCAUGGCUGAAAAACUUUAUGGUGGAGCUUACCUCUCUCCCUUUGUUGAUGCUGUUUUGGACAACCUGACUUCAAUACUUGAAGAAGACGACUCUUUCCUCGAAAGGAACAACUUGCUUGGAAGGUUGCAGAAUUGUCUGUAUGAUGUUGGACCUGUUCUCGAUGAUGCUGAGCUGAAGCAGUUCACUGACAAGAAAGUGAAGAAGUGGCUUGUUGAUCUUCAAGAUGCUCUCUUUAUGGCUGAUGACUUGCUCGACGAACUUUCCACUAAAGCCGCUAUUGCUGCCACUCAAAGGGAUCCAGGUAACUCUUCCUCUGGGUCUCGCCUUGUUGAUUCGUAUAUUGAAGAUACCGGUGACAUAGAAAAAAUAGUUGGCACACUAGAGUCUGCUGUAAGACGCAAAAAUUAUCUUCGUCUGAAGGAGAGUGCCAAGGUGGACAUGUCAUGGAGAAUUCCAUCCACAUGUCUUGUUGAACCAUCGGAGAUAUGUGGCAGGAAAGAAGACAAGGAGGCCAUACUGAAACUGUUGUUGGAUGAUGAAGAUGCUGCUGAUGGUGAUUUAUCUGUCAUUCCCAUUGUGGGCAUGGGAGGAAUAGGAAAGACUACUUUGGCCCAAUUGCUUUACCACGAUGAUAAAGUGAAGGAGAAUUUUGAUUUUCGAGGUUGGGUUUGUGUGUCAGAAGAGUUUGAUGUUGUCAAGGUCACCAAGACAGUAAUCGAGGCAAUAACUUCAAGUUCUUGUAACUUGACAGAUUUGAAUUUACUUCAGCUUGAUUUAAAGAAAAAGUUGUCGAGGCAAAAGUUCUUCAUUGUCUUGGACGACGUAUGGAAUGAAAAUUAUAGUGAUUGGGAUAAGCUUCUAAAACCUUUUCAAAAAGGGGUUAAGGGAAGUAAAAUUCUCAUAACUACUAGAAACAAAAAUGUGGCUUCUUUAGUGCAGACUGUUUCACCUCAUGAACUAAGAUCAUUGUCCGAUGAAGAUUGUUGGUUGGUGUUUGCAAAGCAUGCACGUCUGUCAACUGUUUCUAUGGAGAAUCCAACCCUGGAAGAAAUCGGCAGAGAUAUCGUAAAGAAAUGUGAUGGAUUGCCCUUGGCAGCUCAAACCCUUGGAGGCAUAUUGCGUGGAAAUUCUGAUAUCAGAUAUUGGAAUCAUCUACUGAAGAGUGAAAUCUGGGAACUAUCCAAUGACAGAAUAAAUGUUGUUCCAGCGUUAAGGAUAAGUUAUUAUUUUCUUCCUUCAUAUUUGAAGCAGUGCUUUGUUUAUUGUUCCUUGUAUCCCAAGGACUAUGAAUUUAGCAAGGAUGAAUUGAUGCUGUUAUGGAUGGCAGAGAAUUUUUUGCAACCAGUAGAAAAAAAGACUAUGGAAGAAGUUGGUGGUGAAUAUUUUGAUGAAUUAAUUGCGAGAUCAUUUUUGCAACCUCAUAGUACCGUGGAAAAUAAAUUUGUGAUGCAUGAUCUUGUUCAUGAUUUAGCAAUGACAUGUGCUGGAGAAUUCUAUUUCAGAGCUGAAGAGCUUCGGAAUGCAGUUGAGGUUGAUAUUAAAGCUCGUCAUUUGUCACAUAACGCCAAAGGCAAUUAUCCAAUGUCAAAUCUUUUGGGAGUUUGUGAUAGACUAAAACAUACAAGGACAUUUCUUGAAAUCAAUUUGUACGAGAAUAUUCCAUUUAAUAUGGAAAAUGCACCUUGUAUCAUGUUGUCACAGUUGAAGUACCUGAGAGCUUUGUCGUUCAAAACGUUUUCUCUUGAGUCACUACCUGAUUCAAUAGGUGAGUUGAUUCAUCUUCGUUACUUGGAUCUCUCUUGGACGGACAUCGUGGCAUUGCCGGAGUCGUUGAGUAACCUGUACAACUUGCAGACCUUGAAGUUGCUUGGCUGUAGAAAGCUGAAAAUGCUACCUGUUGGCAUGAAAGACCUUGUAAAUUUGCGCCAUCUUGAUAUUAGAGGUACUCCUUUGCAUGAGAUGCCGAAAGGCAUGAGCAAGUUGAAAAACUUGCAGUUUUUAAGCGACUAUGUUGUUGGGAAGCGUGAAGAGAACAAGGUCACAGAAUUGGGAGCACUUGUAAAUCUACAGCAAUCAAUUUCCAUUGCCGAAUUGGAGAAUGUGGUGAACGGCAGUGAAGCUUUGAUGGCAAGAAUGUCUGAUAAGGACGGCAUUGAUUCUAUGAUGUUGGGUUGGUCGUGGUGGCGUAGAGAGAAUACAGUUGAUUCUGAAAUGGAAAGAGAUAUACUUGACAAGUUACGACCUCACACUAAUUUGAAAGAGUUACUGAUCGAGGGUUACGGGGGUACAAGAUUUCCAGAAUGGGUGGGACAUUCUUCCUACCACAACAUCACCACAAUAAAACUGGAUCGUUGCAAGAGUUGCUGUAUGCUUCCUUCACUUGGACAGUUGCCCUCUUUGAAGCACCUUCAAAUUUCAGAUUUUGAAAGUCUGGCAACUGUGGGUGCUGAGUUUUACUUUUACCAGAAGAGUGAAUCUUGUUUGGAGACACCACCAUUCCCAAUGCUUGAAACUCUUAGGUUUUCGUCAAUGCCUUGCUGGAAGGAGUGGCGUUCAUUGGAGUUGAAUGCAUUUCCUCGACUUAGGGAGCUUACCAUAUGGAAUUGUCCGAUGUUGAGAGGAAAUUUGCCAAAUCAUCUUCCAUCUUUGCAAUCACUUGAGAUUAGGAAUUGCACAGCUGAGUUGUUGUGUUCCAAGCGGUCCUGCGAUUACCACUCAAUUUCAGGAAAGCAUCUAGUGGGGUCUGUGGUGGAGGCCAUUACCAACACACAACUGAGUUGCCUCACUUCUUUAUGCAUCUCAGAUUGUUCCUCCCACAUAUGGUUUCCAGUGAGUGCUAUUCCCCCAUCACUACAACAGUUGACGAUCGAGAGUUGUGGAGAGUUAGAAUUCGAAAUGGAUGGGCAACAUCACUCGCUGCAGAAACUAUCAAUACAGAACAGCUGUGAUUCACUUACAUCCUUCACGUUAUUGGAUGCCUUUCCAAAUCUCGUGAGUGUUCGUAUCACCGGUUCCGAAAAGAUGGAGUCUCUUGUGGUGUCACGCUCUCUUCCAUGUCUCCGUUCUUUAUAUAUCUACUAUUGUGGGAGUUUGAAAUCUGUGUCAACGCUAUGGAUGGCAGCACCUCAGCUAGAGUAUCUCUCAUUAGCGGGUUGCCCAGAGGUUGUUGAUUUGUGUCCUACAGGGGAUGGGGAUCCACACCGUAGCCUCAGAUCUCUUGAAAUCAGCUACAGCGAGAAACUGGUGAGCUCUGCAGCAUUCAUGAAUUCGCAAUUUCAUGGGCUUACUCAUCUUACCAUUUAUGAUGAAUACGGCGAGAGUGUGAAGUCCCUGCCAAAAGAAGGUUGGUUGCCUGCCUCCCUUGAGUCUCUCACACUUGAUGGCAUUGAAAGUGUGGAGACGUUGGAAUGCAAGGGACUUGCCCACCUCACCUCCCUCCAAUAUUUAACUAUUGCUGAAUGUCGCAAGCUGAAGAAUAUGGAGGGAGAAAAGCUGCCUGCCUCUCUAAUACAACUCAUGAUCUGGGGAAGCCCUUUGCUGGGCAAACGAUGUCAGAUGAAGGAUCCACAGCUUUGGCCCAAAAUCUCCCACAUCCCCGCCAUUCAAGUUGAUAACAGAUGGAUUUGAUUAUCCAUCCACCCAACAACACAACUUCUUCCAUGAACAAUUUCAAUCAAUGCAAUACACAGGGCUGAUUGCUGAGAAAUAAGACAGUAAUAGUAACAUUUUUAUAUACUUUACAAUGUUCCAAUAACAUUGAUUACUCAAAAAAUAUGAUAACUUAUAUGUGGUGGUAACACGUGAGACUGAAACUUUCAUGCAGAAAGCAAUCGACCAACAAGGGAGAUCCAUAAUCAUGGACACAAUUGAGCAACGUGACCAUUGCAUUGGAAAAUUUAAUUCCUUAGCUUCUUUAUUUUCUUUUGGAACCUACCCUUUUGAAGAUUGAGACUUUUGGUUUGGUUUCUACUUUCUACAAACCUCAUGGUCAUGCUCCGAUUUGGAAGAUUCAUGUUAGCACAUUCUUUUGCAGACAUGUAUUUACUUUUUGGGAUUUUUGAAAUUUUCUUUAGAUGUAUCAUGUCAGUUAUAUUGGUGACUUACCUUGGCGUUUAUGUAUUGGAGGAGUGUGAUUAAUUGUGCUGCACCAUUGAGCCUUUGUGAUCUGUGAUUUUUGCCCCCUUUUUCUCUGCUUUAUUGUGUAUUCGUGACCAAGAAUUGCCUCUAAUUAGUAACAUUGUUUUUUCCCAU